AUGAGUUCAUUUAAUAGUAGAGGAGGAAGAGGUGGCGGAAGAGGCGGAAGAGGUGGUGGUGUCGGCGGAGAUAGAAGUGGAGUCAGAGGUGGAAAAUAUGAUAAUGAAUCAUCAAACCCAUACUAUACAGCUGGUGCUGCCCCUGCUGCUGCUGCUGCUCCUUCGACAACUUCAUCAUCAACAUCAACAUCAUCAUCAAGAGGUGGAUAUGGAAGUGAUAGAGGUGGCGAUAGAGGCGGAAGAGGUGGUAGAGGAGGCGCACGUAGUGGUCGUGGAGGCUAUGAUAAAGUGUCAAAGACACCAUCAUUCGAUAAAAAAGAUACAUUCAAUAGAAAGGGCAACCUAUAUGGUACAAAGACAGGCCCCAGCAAGAAGGACAGGAGAAAGGUGCACGAGGAGAAGCUGCUAGAGAAGGCCAAGGCUGCCGCCGCACUGAUCGAGCAGAAGCGCGAGCAAAAGAAGAGCAAGGUGAAGGGCAUCGUCGACGCCGACACCAAGAAGAAAAGCGAGCGCAAGUUCAAGUACAUCCACGUGAUCCUGCCACGCGCCUUCAAGAACUUGUACAAGUCGGCCGGAGUCUUUGCAUACACCGUACACGAGGGCCGCGUCCUCGCGCUGAUGGCCUACGAGCAGGUCAAGGAGGACACCUUCGUGUACAAGCCCAUGGGUGGCCACGGCCUCACUGGCGAGCUGGCCAUCAACACAGCGUUCCGCGAGUUCAACGAGCAGACGCUGCCCAUAUUCGGCGCCGAGAACUCGCGCCACCGCAACGUCAUGAACGACUCGCCCAAGAUCUUCUUUGAGGGCUGCAGCUUUGUCAUGUUCUUCCUAAAGCUCAAGUACGACGCGUCGCUGCCAGAGAAGCACGCCAAGCUGGUCAAGCCCGGCUCCAAGGUCACGCGACUCGAAUGGAUCGACUUUGAGCAGGUGCUGGCAUCGCCCAACGACAGCAGAUUCCUGCGGGCCAAUGGCGAGGAGGGCAAGUUCAUCAGCUACCUCUGGCUCAUGUUGCCUGGUCUGCGAGACUUUUGGCAAACACACAUCAUCCCAACACAUCCAGAUACCAAGCAUUACAACGAUGUCAAGACUGGAUCAGUACUCAAGAAGUUGAACAGGAUAAAGAAGAACAAAACAGCUGGUGGCAGUGAUACAAAGAUGAAAGAUAAGGAUGAGUCGAGUGAUGAUGACUCGGACAGGGACUCGAGCUCGGACUCAGAGAAGGAAUCAGACUCAGACUCAGACAAGGAAUCGGACAAGGAAGACUCAGACAAGGACUCAGACUCAGAAAAGGACUCAGACUCAGAAAAGGACUCAGACUCAGACAAGGAAUCAGACAAAGAGUCGGACAAGGAGUCGGACUCAGACUCGGAAUCAUCAUCAUCAUCUGGAAAAAAGGAUUCAUCAUCCUCAGAUAGUAAUGAUAGCGAUGAUGAGUAA